GCUCUUGAAGGGCGAGACUUUACUUUUGACGUCCAGCUUCCAAAACCGGAAUAUGGGUCUCGUGGCCCCCCAGAGUUCACGGUCCUUGCUGUCACUGAACAAGAACAACCAAAUUCCUGCUCACCAGCUCUUGGUCGCCGGGCAAGAAAUGCUAUGUCCCAUACACCACCUCCUAACAGUCCUCACAAGAUGCCUCUUGCUUCUCCAUAUGUUGUUCCAACAAUGCCGAACGCUUCGGUAGACCAUGGUCCUUCUGUUGCUUCACCGAGUGGGAGUUCUCAGCUUGCAUUUUCUACUCCUCCACGUCGCCCCUAUAGCAGUAGCCGCAUCGCUGCUGUAUCUUCGCCCUCAUCUGCUGCAUUAGGAAGUUCCGUACCUUCUUCUCCCGAACUUAGUCGUACUGAGAUUGUUUCCUAUGCGCGGCCUAGAAGUGAGGAAGUGCCCCCAGAAACUGCACCACAGCGAACCCCACAGGAACUUGCUGCGGACACUACAGAUGCUAAUGUGCAGAACAAGAACAUCAGUUCAAAGAAAGCGAAGCCGAAGAAACCAUCUGCUAAGAAGAAGAAAACUGGUGCUGCAGGUGCUGCGCGUCGUCCUACAGUUACUCUUGAAGAAACCGAUGUUCCGAUAGCGUCCCUUCAGAUCCCUGUUGGACAUCCUUUGCCAACCGAAUCGGCGAAUCCUGUCUCUGGAAAUCUUAAUGCCCUCGGUGUCAAUUUGCAGACAACAACAAUUCAGCCUUUGUCACAGCAACCUAUGUCUAUAAAUCCUGCACCUGUACGGCGCCGUCGCUUGGUUGUUUAUUCUGAUGAAGACGAACCUGUUGUCCCUUUGGAACUGCAAGACUUGGAUGUUGAACUUCCACUGCAAGAACAGCCUGUUGGAAACUCUUCGACUUAUCCUGUUCCCACUGUUGACGUUCCUUUGCCUUCUCCUCUUCUUGCUGUCCAAGAAGUUCCGCUACUUUCAGUGGGGAAAACUAAUUCUGGGAGGGCAAAGCGAAUCAGAACACCGUCUACAAAGGCCAUUGAAGCAUCUGUGGAUGCUUCUAAGAGAAAGCCAAGAACUCCAAAAUCGUCUGCUAAGGAACCUGCUAAGAAGCAACUGUUUGCUGAUUAACCGUGAUUCGCACCAUGCGCGUGCUAAUGUACCAUGUUUGUCCAGUACUGUCCCUCCCUUCCUUUUGUAGAACUGUUUAAGGGGAACACUAUUUAGCGAG